AUUGUUGGAGAACAAUGGCGGACGAGGUUAUAACAACAAAUAAUUUAGAUGAAAGCGCGCUUCCUUUGUCUGAAGGAUGUCGAAUGCCUGUUCGAAUGCGAAAUUUAGAUGAAACACCAGCAGAAGGCGCUCCUCGAGAAAUUCAACUUGCCGAAUAUGUUCUUGCUGAAAUUUUAAGUAUCAAAGAAAAUCCUGAAGGCGAAACAUUAUAUUAUGUGCAUUAUAUAGACUUUAAUAAGAGGCUAGAUGAAUGGGUUACAAAAGACCGACUGGACCUCACCAGAGUCCAACAACCAAAGAAAGAAGUUAAAACCCCAUUGAAAGAAAUUAAGAAUGGUUCUCGGCCCUGUUCACCAGAGCGUGAAAUAGUUAUAAAAGAGGAGCCAAUACCAAUAUUGCAGAAUGGAAAUGUCCCUCCUCAAAAGAAGUCAACAGCUGGAAGAAAAAGAAAAUUCCCUGGUCCAGCUGAUGAAACAAACACAUCUGAUUCAAAAGAUGCAGUUCCCAGUCCAAGAACGACUGGAAGCUUAGUUGCACAUCACGAUGACCUCAUAACACGGAUGAAAAAUAUUGAAAUGAUUGAACUAGGUGGACAUAUGAUACGCCCUUGGUAUUUUUCUCCUUAUCCUCAAGAAUUAGUGAGCUUACCUUGUAUCUAUUUGUGUGAAUUUUGUCUUAAAUAUAUGAAAUCAAGAGUAUGUUUAAAAAGGCAUAUGGCAAAAUGCAAUUUACGGCAUCCACCAGGGAAUGAAAUUUACAGGAAAAAUUCAAUUUCGUUUUUUGAAAUUGAUGGUAGAAAGAACAAAGUUUAUGCUCAAAAUCUUUGCCUUCUAGCCAAGUGCUUUUUAGAUCAUAAAACAUUAUAUUAUGACACAGACCCAUUUCUUUUUUAUGUUAUGACAGAAUUAGACAAUAGUGGCUUCCACAUAGUAGGCUACUUCUCAAAGGAAAAGGAAUCUACUGAAGAUUACAAUGUUGCAUGUAUUUUAACUCUUCCGCCAUACCAACGAAAAGGUUAUGGAAAAAUGCUGAUUGAAUUUAGUUAUGAACUUUCUAAAUUUGAAGGCAAAACGGGUUCUCCAGAAAAACCUCUUUCUGAUUUGGGUUUGUUAUCCUACAGAAGUUAUUGGUCUGAAACCAUAUUAGAAAUUCUAGUCAAUGUAAAACCUACUGAGCCAGGGGAGAGACCUCAAAUUACAAUUCAGGAAAUAUCUGAACAGACAAGCAUAAAGAAAGAGGAUGUCAUAUCUACAUUGCAAUACCUAAAUCUCAUUCAUUACUAUAAAGGACAGUACAUCAUAACUCUAACGAAGGAGGUCCUGGAAGCCUAUCAACGUGCUGUUGCAAAGCGUACAAUACGUAUUGAUUCACAAGCAUUACAUUGGACUCCGAAGGAUUGGUCAAAGAGAGGAAAAUGGUAACUGAUAUUAAAGUGCUCCAGAUUGAGAAUCAAUAGAGAAGAUCUCAUUAAUAAUAGUAACUGAAAAUAUUGCUCUAGCAUUCUAGAUGAGUUUGAAAUUGAAAACACUGAGAUGUUCAUGUUGAUUGAAAAAUCAUUAAAAUUUUAGAAGUAUACAGAAGCUUAGUGUUGCGAAAAUCCUUUUAUAAAGGCAAAUUUAUCAAUUUUUAAUUUUAUAAUGUAUAAUUUUAUUUUGUAUUAAUUAUGAAUUUAGUAUUGAAAAAAUAUAAUAUACAAACCAGUGUAAGUCAUUUCUUCCAUUUUUGUUAAUGAAGUUUACUUGAUGAUCUAGUUUUUAAAACUAAAUAAAUUCAGAAGUAUAAUAAUUUAAUUGCCGUUUCUUGAAUAUGCAUUAUUUUAUGAAGUGUAUAAUAUCAUGUGAAAAUAAAUUUGCUUUUAUGGGAUUUGAAGAAUGUUAUUAACUUUAAUUUAUUGACAUGAGAAAGGUAAUGUCUUUAAAACAAAUGGUAGUUAUAAUUUAUCGGCUGUCAUAACAUUGUUUUAAGCUUAUGUAAGCUCAAAAAUUUAAACACAUACAUCAACAUUUAUUUGUCAAUUUUGUAAAAUAUGUCAGUUUUUAGUUUCCAACAAUUUAUUUAAUAUCUAGGGCUGUUGUUUGUUCAUACUCCAUGAAUUAUACCAUUAGAAACUACUAUUUGGUAUAUUUUAUGUGAAAUGUGUAUUUAUGUGUAAUUGUUAUGUUGUCAUGUUUUUUAUUCAUUUCAUUAUAUAGCAUAUUGCAUUGCACACAACAUAACUACAAACUGUUGCUUUUACGCUGCACAAUUUCAGAAGUAGCACGGCUAUUCUAAUUAAGCAACUAUGUAAGGAUGAAUUUAUUAGUUAUAAAUGAAUAGAUAAAUUACAUAUUUUGCAAAUACAAUUCAUAAAAAUAAAAUUAUAUGUGCUGCAAACUAAAUUGCUGCAGUAUUUUGAAAAGUCAGUCCAAUUUAUCUGAAGACCUAUAGUUAAAUUGAAUGAUUAAAAUUCCGUGACAGCAAUAGGCAGGAAUCAUGAUUGAGUCCUAAGGGUCAUCAUUACAAUACAAACCAAGAUGCUGAGAACCAAUCAUCAUUCUGGAAGCUUCAUAUUCACUUAUUUGAGGUGGCCCUAGUGGAACCAUUUUGAAAAGUUUCAUGCAGAUUUAUAAUUUAAAUUCUAAAGUAUUUUCCUUAAUUAUUUUCUUUCACUUCAUUUUCAGUAUCGCCUAUUAUUGAACAAUUGCAGUAAAUUGUUAACAAGUUGCAAUUAUUGCACAAGGAUAAUUCUUUCAGUGGCAAUGUUUUUCAUCUAAUAAGCUGAUUUUUAAAUGGUAGUGAUUUAUUUUAAAAUUGUAAAUUAGUACAUAAAUAUUGUAGUUAUGUUACUAUCAGUGCUUCUAUCAGAAAUGAUUUUCGUGUAGCUGUAUCAGCUACUGUAUUUAUUAUUAAUUCAAAAUUUUUUUUAAUCAAGCUGUAUUAUUAGAAAGUUUACUUAAAUUUCAUUAUAAACUAAGCAUAUAUAUUUUUACUUUGUUUCAUGAUUGCUUUAUUCUGAAUUAUAUUUUGUUCAUCUUGCCAAAUAACCUACAAAGAUGUUCCUGCAGUAUAGUUUAUUUAUUAAAGAAAAGAAUUUUUGUAUGGUGUUCAUAAAUUGCCCCCCCCCCCCCUUCUUUAAAAAAUCAAAUUGCUACAAAAUACAUUUGUUAGUUCAUUUUGAAGAGUUUUCUUGCUAAAAUUCUGUAGCAAGUAUGAGAACAUAAAAUUGCAAUUAUCAUAACAAUUAUAAUUUUAUUUAAAAAUAUAUUUGAAAAGGGGGGGGGGAACCUAUUAUUAUUAUAAAUUUAAAAUGUGAUUAAUUUAAUUAGUUCUGUGUUUGCAUGAUAGAUAAGUUAUCAAAAUAUGGGCUUGGGCUCCUAUUCUGAAUACCAUUUAAUGUAUGAUAUGGCAAUAUAGAAGAUUUAGUUUACAAAACAUAAUUACUAGCUUUGCUAUGUAUAUAUAUAGUAUUAUCUGUUUCAUUUUGAGGUUUAAUUUAUUUGUGAAUUAUGGCAUAUAAGAUUCUUUUCUAAUUUAAAUGGUUGGUAUAUUUUAUAUCUGCUGAAAUUAUUUGUAAUUUGAAAUAACAUCCGGAAUAUUGUUUCUUGUCUUAUGUUUUCUGUACUUUUACGAUUUAAAAUAAUAUUAGCUCUCUUUGAUGAUUUAGCAUCAGUUCAGAAAGAAAAUGAAAUAUGAAAUGGAGUUGUAAAAAUAGAACUAUUGCAUACAGCUUUUAAAUCUAACAUAUAUAAAUAUAAUACUAUUUAUUCCUAACGAUUUAAUAUUCUUAAAUUUCUGUGUUUGGUUGAAAUAUUUAUUCCCAUUACUCUCCAGAAUUUUCUUAUUUAUAUUUAAUUCCAAAUGCUGCACUUAAAAAAUCAAGACAAUCAUUUAUAAAAAUUGUUUCAACAAUUUAAUACUAAAGUUUUAAAUAUUGAUCAUUUUAUUAGGUUAUUUGCUUGAAAAUAUUGUAAUUUUCUAAAAUCAAAUUUAUUUAUUUGUGUGCUAUUAGGCUGAAACAUAUUUAAAAAACUUUCUUUUAAAUAAGAAAUGUUGGAACUGUCAUAUUAGUUGUGACCAUUCGAUUUUAUUUAAUAAUCAUCGAGUAUUUCGAUUGUAUUCUGUACGGGUGUUAUCGCACAUUUUUAGAUAUUUGUGAUAUAUGUAAAUAGAGUUCACUGUAAUAUUAUCAUGUUCAUAUGAUUUUUCGUUUUUAAUAAAAUUUUCAUCAGCUUA